AUGAGCAUAUGGCAGAGUAAGGUGGUGCGGUCGACUACGGCGGUGUUUGUUCUCGGACUAGUCUUCCAGACCGUCUUCUUCUACUCUAUCUUUGACGUCUACUUUCAGUCGCCGCUGGUGACGGGCGUGCCGUCUGUCCAAGUCCCGUCGGGCGCGCCGGCAAAGCGUCUGGUUCUCUUUGUGGCCGACGGCCUCCGCGCUGCCUCGUUCUUUGAGCGCAAGCCUGACGGGACACCACGCGCUCCGUAUCUAAGGUCUGUCAUCGAGCAUCGUGGCUCAUGGGGCGUGAGCCACACCCGAGUGCCCACAGAGUCGCGCCCAGGCCACGUCGCUCUCCUCGCUGGCUUUUACGAGGACGUCUCAGCCGUGACCAAGGGCUGGGCCGCCAACCCAGUCGAGUUUGACUCUGUCAUCAACCAGUCACGGGUGACGGUGGCGCUUGGCUCGCCCGACAUUGUGCCGAUGUUCGUGGAUGAGGUCCCGCACGCCCAUGGGCUCACCUACGACGCUGCCAUGGAGGACUUUGCCCUCGCCUCGUCGUCGGUCUCGCUUGACGAUUGGGUCUUUAAUCGGGUCGGUGGUAUUCUCGACAAGCCAGGCUCCGCCUUUCCGGGCCUCGAGCCCGAGGCCCUCGAUGGGCCGGGCACCCUCUUCUUCCUCCACCUGCUAGGCAUCGACACUGCCGGCCACGCCAAGAAGCCGGCGUCAGACGAGUACCUGGCCAACAUCGAGGCUGUCGACGCGGGUGUCGAGCGGAUUGUGGCUCUGUUUGAGGCCAAGUACGGGCGCGCCGAGGAGGCCGGGACCGCCUUUGUGUUUACUGCUGAUCAUGGCAUGUCGAACCGCGGCUCGCACGGCGACGGCGAUCCACACAACACACAGACCCCUCUGGUGACGUGGGGCGCUGGUGUGCGCCGGCCGGUGAAGCUUCCGGUCGAGGCGCGACAGCCCGGCCGCGAUCCGCCUGGCUGGGGCCUGGACGCCUACGAGCGGAAGGAUGUCGAGCAGGCCGAGGUGGCCUCGCUGAUGGCCUCGCUCCUUGGGCUGCGGUACCCGACCAACGCGGUAGGGUUGCUCCCCAUCGAGUACCUCAAUGUGGCGACGUCGUACAAGCUUGACUCGCUGGUUGCCAACGCCGCAGCUAUCUACCAGCAGUUCAAGGUCAAGACUGCGGCAGUGCGGGCGCGAGUGCUCUUGUUCAAGCCGUACGUUCCGCUCAUCUUUGGCGAGUCGUACUUCUCCAAGAUCUCGCAGUAUGUGAGCGAUGGGCACGCGGGGCAGGCUAUUGCCAUGGCCCGCCGCGUCGUCCAGCUCUCGCAGGACGGACUCUACUACCUCCUCACCUACGACUGGGCUUUUCUCAUGACCUUUAUCAUUCUGGGCUACGUCUCGUUUGGCGCGCUCAUGGUUGUCUGGGUGGUACGUAGCUACGGGCUGAGCUCAAGCGAUGCUGCGAUGCUGGUGGCUGCAAGCAGGUCGAAGGAAGCCGCCAAGUAUGAGCGGUUUGUUGAGUGCGUGACGGGAGUGGUUGUGGCCGCGCUGACGUGGCUCCUCUGGAUCGAGUCUGCUCCGUGGCGGUACUACCUCUACGUCGGCUUUCCACUCUUCUUUCUCCACCUCCUCGCCAAGGCCCAGCUCGGACUUGUGUUCGAGGCGGCUGUGGGCGGCGAGGCGAGCGGGAUGGCGCGGGCGGCGGCAGUGGGGUGCGGAGUGGGCUUUGUCGAGCUCAUGGUCGCCUCGUAUUUUUACCGCGAGGUCUACACCCUCUGCUUCCUUGUUCUUGCCCUGUGGCCAACGACGCGCUGGUGGCCGGCGCGGGCGCAGGGUGCAGUGCAGGGUGCAUGGAUUGCAAGCUGCGUCAGCCUCUCGGUCUUCACUCUGCUUCCAGUUGAGAUGGAGUCGUCGAUUGCGCUGGUGGUGGGCGGGCUCGGACUAGGCCUUGCGGGCGUGUUGUGGCUGAUCGAGGCUGAUCCUGCGGGCACUGGCGUGGGCCAGUUGCCAAAGCAGCUGCUGCGGCUGCAAAUGGUGGUUGCAGCCUUUGCCGGUGCCCUCGUGUGGCAGACGGAGACCUUGCUGGCGCGCGGGGCGCGUGUGCCAACGAGCAACCUCGUCCUUGCGUGGGGCUUGAGCCUGGCUGGGCUUGUGGGUCCGCUCUUCUCGCCACGGCAUUGGCUGUGGCGGACGGUCUCGCUCUACCUCGGCCUCGCGCCUGCGCUUGUCCUCCUCUCGGUCCACUACGAAAUGCUGUUCUUUACGGCGCUUCUUGGGUCGCUGGUGGCUUGGAUUGUGAUUGAGGCAGCGGGUGAGGACGGAGGAGGCUUGCAGCGGGCGCUUUCGCUCCGCGACGUGCGGACUGGGGGAAUGGUGCUGCUCUACAUCAACGUGGCGUUUUUCGGGACCGGCAACGUGGCGUCGAUGUCGUCGUUUGAGAUCAGCUCGGCCUUUCGGUUUGUGACUGUCUUUCGCCCAUGGGUUAUGGGCGCUCUGCUUGUGUUCAAGGUACUGAUUCCGAUUGCGCUCGUCUCGUGCGCGCUCGGCUUUGUGGGCCGUGUGCUCAAGGUGCCAAACAUGGCGCUUUUCUUCCUCGUGGUGGCCAUGAGUUCCGUCUGCUCGCUCAACUUUUUCUUCCUUGUCAAAACCCAAGGCGCGAGUUGGAAGGAGAUUGGGAACUCGAUCUCGCACUUUGCGAUCCAGAAUGCAUUCCAGCUCCUGCUUACCGUCUUGUACGGUCUCGCCAACGUGGUGAGCUUUGGGGCGGGCUUGCCAUUUGAGAGCGGUCCGGUUAAGGUCGAGUAG